AUGACAGCUCCAAAGCUUACCGAUCCUACCCUCAUCAAAAACGCGUGUUACGUCAAUGGUGAAUGGGUAGCUGCAAAGUCUGGGAAGGACUUUGCUGUCGAAAACCCUUCAACCCUUGAAAAGAUUGGGAACUGUCCCGAGUUCGACGCCAGUGACACCGAAGCCGCUAUCGCUGCCGCCGAUGCCGCAUACAAGACAUACCGCAAGACCCCGGCUCGCCAGCGGGCCCGGUACCUCCGCCGCUGGUAUGAUCUCAUGAUGGAGAACUCGGAGGACAUUGCACGACUCAUUACCCUUGAGAACGGCAAGCCUCUGGCAGAUGGCAGGACAGAGGCCAACUAUGCAGCAGCUUUCUUUGAAUGGUUUUCAGAGGAGGCCCCUAGAAUAUAUGGUGAGACCAUUGAGGCAACAAACCCAUCAUGUCGUCUAUCCACCAUCAAACAGCCCGUAGGUGUCUGCGGCCUCAUUGCACCGUGGAACUUUCCCGCUGCCAUGAUUACCCGAAAGGCCGGGCCUGCGCUCGCUGCUGGCUGUACUGUUGUCAUUAAAGCUCCCGCUGAGGCUCCUCUGACAGCUCUUGCUCUGGCUGAGCUGGCGCAUCGUGCUGGAAUUCCUGCCGGCGUUGUCAACGUUAUUACAGCCUUGGAUAACACUGCUGAAGUGGGCAAAGUCUUGACUACACACCCCAAGGUCAAGAAGGUCUCUUUCACUGGGUCAACUGGCGUGGGCAGACUCCUUAUGAACCAAUCGUCAUCAACGAUCAAGAAAUUGUCCUUUGAAUUGGGUGGAAACGCUCCUUUCAUCGUUUUCGAAGAUGCGGACCUUGAUAAGGCUGUUAAGGGUGUGAUCGCCUGCAAAUUCCGUAACUCGGGUCAAACUUGCGUUUGCGCCAACCGAAUUCUGGUGCACCGCAGUAUCUAUGACAAGUUUGUCCAAAUGGUCCUCGAUGUUGUCAAGACCUUCGUUGUUGGUGACGGCUUUGGUGAGCAGACAACCCAUGGUCCUCUCAUCCAUGGUCGUGCCGUAGCCAAGGCUGCUGAGCAUGUUGAAGAUGCUCUUUCCAAGGGAGCCAAGCUUAUCCACGGUGGCGAGCGUCUACCACACCUCGGUCCUAACUACUUUGACCUCACAAUGUUAACUGGUAUGAAGCCUGGCAUGAAGAUCUGUAGCGAAGAGACUUUCGGGCCUGUUGCUGCUUUCUUUGCAUUCGACAACGAGGACGAGGCUAUCGAGCUUGCGAACGACAGUGAUGUUGGCCUUGGAGGCUAUUUCUUCAGCAACAAUGUGAACCGAUGUUAUCGCGUGGCUGAAGCCUUAGAGGUUGGUAUGGUUGGUGUAAAUUGCGGCGUCCUGAGCGACCCUGCCGCUCCUUUCGGCGGCAUUAAGCAGAGUGGUUUUGGAAGAGAAGGAAGCAAGUAUGGUAUCGACGAGUUUACAAUCACCAAGAUGGUCAUGACAAAUAUUGAUCCAUAAGUUUUGGUCGAGUUGAGACAUAAAUUAGGAUGGCUAUAGACGAAAUAAUACCCAUAGGACGGUUAUAGAGACGGAGUGUGACAACAUUUAGGUGAACAAAAUUGCU